GCAGCUUAGCAUGCUUGUUAGCUGUUAGCUGCUGCAGACAUUCUGUUCCGGCUUGUUUCCUGAAGCUGUCGUAACGUUGCUUGCUUGUAGUCAACAUGGACGCGGAGUAUUAUGGCGGUGCAGCUGAGUGGGAAAGCGGCGAGUGUAACAUGGAGGAUGGUUAUGUUGACGCAGAAAAUGAUGGAAAAAUUCAAGAGGAUUGUUUGCAGAAAUUCUCCAGUAGAGAUUAUAUCAUGGAACCUGCCAUCUUUAACACCCUCAAACUGUAUUUCCAAGCGGGAGGCUCUCCAGAGCAUGUGAUCCAGCUCCUCUCUGAGAACUACUCUGCUGUGGCCCAGACUGUAAACCUGCUGGCAGAGUGGCUUAUCCAGAUGGGUGUAGAACCUGCUCAGGUCCAAGAACGUGUAGAAAAUCACCUCAAGAGUCUUCUGAUAAAAAACUUUGACCCUCAGAAAGCUGAUUCUAUUUUCACUGUGGAGGGAGAGACUCCUGCAUGGCUCGAGCAGAUGAUAGCUCACACUACGUGGAGAGAUCUUUUCUAUAAGUUAGCAGAGGCUCAUCCUGACUGCUUGAUGCUCAACUUCACUGUAAAGCUCAUUUCAGAUGCAGGUUCAGGUGAGAUCACGAGUGUGUCGACAGCCUGUCAGCAGCUGGAGGUUUUCUCACAGAUCCUCAGGACAUCUCUGCCACACUGCUGGAUGGAGGUAGACGAAAACCUGGAGAAGAACCUGCCAGAAUUUGCUAAGAUGGUUUGUCAUGGUGAGCACACCUACCUUUUGCCCAAGCUAUGAUGUCCAUCCUUGCCCAGGAGGAAACAGGGUGGGUCCCCAGUACGUAGGAUUGGACAGGAGGUGCAGAAGUCAGCACAUGAAAGAGGUCACGAUGCGAGCCAGAUAACACUUGCACUGGGCACAGCAGCGGCGUACCCUCGAGCCUGUCAGGCGCUUGGUGCCAUGUUAUCCAAAGGAGCUCUGAAUCCUGCUGAUAUCACAGUUCUCUUUAAGAUGUUCAGCAGCAUGGACCCACCUCCUGUGGAGCUGAUUAGAGUUCCCGCCUUUCUGGACCUGUUCAUGCAGUCACUAUUUAAGCCAGGCUCAAAGAUAAAUCAAGAUCACAAACAUAAAUACAUCCAUAUAUUGGCCUACGCUGCCAGUGUAGUUGAGACAUGGAAAAAAAACAAGCGAGUGAACAUCAAUAAAGAUGAGCUGAAGUCUACGUCCAAAGCCAUAGAGACGGUGCACAACUUGUGCUGCAAUGAGAACAAAGGUGCUACAGAACUGGUUGCUGAACUGGGCACUCUGUACCAGUGCAUCCGGUUUCCUGUAGUUGCCAUGGGGGUCUUGAAAUGGGUGGACUGGACAGUGUCUGAACCUCGGUACUUUCAGCUUCAGACAGACCACACACCAGUCCAUUUAGCGCUACUUGAUGAGAUCUGUACGUGUCACCAGCUGCUGCAUCCACAGGUUCUCCAACUGCUCAUCAAACUUUUUGAGACUGAACACUCUCAGCUUGAUGUCAUGGAACAAUUGGAGUUAAAGAAGACCCUUUUGGACCGAAUGGUUCACCUGCUGAGCCGUGGUUACGUCCUGCCUGUCGUCAGUUACAUCCGCAAGUGUCUGGAGAAACUCAACACGGAUAUCUCCCUCAUUCGCUAUUUUGUCACAGAGGUUCUGGAUGUGAUCGCACCUCCGUACACGUCAGACUUUGUUCAGCUUUUCCUGCCCAUCCUGGAGAACGACAGCAUUGCAGGCACGAUCCGCACCGAAGGAGAACACGACCCUGUUGCCGAAUUCAUCGCUCAUUGCAAGUCCAACUUCAUCAUGAUUAACUGAUGCAGAAAGAAAAGAUAUUGGACUGUACCAGGAGGUCCUAACAGACAGAGGACGAGACGUCACCAGGAGCCAUUACUCAAUGUCCUGACGUUUGGAGCAAAAACAUCAGAAACUCUUUGUUGCUGAGGCAAAAUGAGCUUGAAGUGCGAUUGUAAAUAUUUGGUAAGAAAAUGGACUUUUUGAGGAUAGAGGUUCAAUAGAUGCAGCUAAAUGUUUUUACUUUGAAGUAUGUUUUUUAAAUGUUUGACCCAUUUUAAAAUAAAUUUCACUGUCUAUUU